UUGAAUAAUAAGGAAACGAGUUGACCUAUUUCUCUAUAAUUUCCAUCCAGCCAUGCAAUUGUGCGUACGUGCAUUUAGGUAUGAGAUUAACUGCUUAAUAAUAAUGUACGUGAGCUUCCUUUGAAUCAAUGAUAAGGUCACAAAGGAAACCAGCAGAGUAAAAAUCGCAUACCAUCCUCAUUAUUUUAAACACACUGUUAUAAACCAUUGGCCGUCCUUGAAUUUUACAUCAGUCUAAUUAUAUCGAUUUAGCAGUUAGUCACACGGAGUGAUUACACGCAGUGGAUUUACUACCAAAAAACUCCCAUCAAGCACCUUUACGACGGAUAAUAUCAGACAUGUGUCGCUCAUUAGCUAAACGUCGUUGCGAUGAGACGUUUAAACGAUAAUGAUAAUUCGACUUUCAUCCGCGUAAUGUGACAUUCUUUAAGGUCCUUCUCUGCACCCUUAAAUCAAUCCCAGUGAACAAACGUCCAGGCGAUCGUGCACGCUGACUGAAAGUUUAAAACUACAAAAGAAGAUAACCAAAUUACAUUAAUCAAAAUUCCAAGACAACUGUAUAUUAAUAAUCUUCACGACCAUGGAAAAAUACGUCCUCCUUAAUCUCUGGGCGAUUCGGGUGCUCGGUAUUUGGCACCCGGAGAAAAACCCUUCUCGUUUUCGCCACAACAUUUACGGUCUCCAGAGAUCGCUGACCGUGGGUUCGGUGUUGUUUAUUUUCAUACCAGCCGCGAUAGCAGUGCAGGAUAAUUUCUCGCAAAAUUCAAACCUUUCUACCAGAGUGGAAAUCCUCUCGCUCCUGAUCAGCUCGAGCGUCGUCUUGUGCAAGACGAUGGACAUCGUCCUGCGUCGAAAUCAGGUCCACAAUCUACUCUCCAAAAUGUCCGAAUAUUGGCGAGGAGCGACUAGCGAGGAAAUCAGCUCGAUGGCGGGAUACGCGAGGUUCGGAAAAUCGGUUACCAAUUUUUACUUCACUCUGGGUGGUCUGAGCUCCGUGUUUUUCGCCGGGCAGCCAUUCCUCAGUUCGUACUUCGCUGCCGGUCGCGAAAAUUCUUCGACGGUCGUCGUCAGCCGGCUGCCCUUUAAUGGAUGGGAAAAUCUCGUCGAUCACCGGUCGACCUCGACCUUCGCCGUCGUCUUUGUCUGCCACGUCAUCGCCGGGACCGUCGCCUCCCUAGCUUCCAUCAGCUACGAUUGCCUCUUCGCCGUCCUGGUCCUCCACGUCUGCGGCAACCUUCGAGCCGUAGUUGCACAUCUCAGAAAUAUGAAAUUUGAUAACGAGGACGAAAGCGAAGGGCGAAUUAUCCGCUGCGCCGUAACCUUCCAAAAACUCAUCGAGUAUACCAAGGAGCUGGAAAACUGUUUGAGCAUGUUUCUUCUUAUCCAGACCACAUCCAGUACGCUGACCAUUUGUCUGACCGGCUUCUUGAUGAGCAGGGAUAUUGAUGGGAAUAACGAAUUGGGAAAAUACGUAUCAUACUGGGCAGCAUCUCUGUUUCAGCUCUUUAUAUUCUGCUGGUCGGCAAACUAUUUGCAAACAGAAUCGAUUAUGGUAGGCCAAGCGGCGUACGAAGCUUAUGGAAAGUUGAUGAACCUGAGUUUAGAAAACAACCGUCGCCGUUAUCACCGACUUGCGAACGUCCCUCGACAUUUGCAAAUGAUCAUUCUACGCUCUCAGAAACCGCUUAAAAUAACAGCCGGAAAGUUCUACGUCAUGUCUUUGGAGACCUACAAAAAUAUUCUGAGCAACUCCUACUCGUAUUUUACAAUUCUACGUGCCUUCGCGGAUAUACAGACUUGAUCAAUGACCUGGUACAAUCCCUAAAUAACAAGUCUAAUUGGAAUUCUUCCGACAUGGAGAUUCACGGAAAACCGCACGAGGAAGUAAAAAGGUGAGAUGAUAAAUAAUUACAAUAUAACAACCAUUUUAUUCGAUGGUAAAACAGAUCUGU